UUAUCGAUAACUCGGUCGAUUUGUAAACAAAACAAUCAAAACAAUAAAAAAGUGGAAGGAUUGAUUGUAUUGUUUGGGACGAUUUCAAGAAUUUUCUUUGUGGGAAUCCUGCCUGUACGGCCAUGGACCAAACAGUGGAUCUAGCUGCUAAGGUUGAGGAGUUAAUAAAACUCACCAACUCACUAAAGCAGGAAAUAAGCGUGCUCAAGGGCAAUGAUGUUAAUGUAAAAGUUGAUGAACUGGAAAAGGAGAUGGCUGACUUGAAGAAUGAAAUAAAUGAACUCAAGUAUGGCUUAAUGAAGCAGAAUGCCAAAAUACUGGCCAUAAUACAUGAAUUGUCGGAAAGUAAAAAGAUCCAGGUGAUGGGAAAUCUUGCAAUUCUAAGGGACACCACAAAGACAAAAUCCUGUGAAGAAGCAAUACACAAAAAAGUUGUCAAUUUUUCGAAAAUGUUCCCACUCGGUACUUUGGAUGAUCUUGAUAAGCUUGAAAAGUUGUUAUCGAUUGGAAAAAACAACGAAGAUGAAGUUGUACUUAUACUCCAACGUUUAUUAUUACCCAAGGGCGUAGCCAAAAAUCUGAAAUUUGUAUUAUCUGAUAAUAUAAUAGUACAGUCCAAUCUGGAGGGAAUACACGGCAAAAAGCGUCUUCUUAAUUAUCAACGGUUUAUAGAUGCAGUGUAUCAGGCCGUUUAUAAGAAUGGUUACAGUAUAAACACAUUUUUGUCGGAUUUUCGCCGUGGUUUGAGAUGUGUUAAAAAUCGUAAUUCUAAAAUAAGGUGUAGACGUGUGAAAAAACGAUCCAGUAAAUAUGAUGAAGAUUCAAACAAUGCUGAUGAUGAUUAUGGCGAUGAAGACGUGGAUGAAUUUAUGGAUGAUGAAGAACAAUCCAACUCACAACUGGAAUCAAUAAUUAAAACAGAAGAUAAUUCCGUUUUUGGUGAUUAAUAAAGCUUGUAAAUCACAGAAAAA